UUUUGACACAGGAAAACCGGAAGUCACGCCUCCCCUUGUCCCUUAGUCUCGGUUAUUUUUACCUCCACAUAAACAAUGAUUCCGGAUAAACAUUCGUUUGGUUUUUGAGUGCUAAUGAGCGCUAACUUUACACGACUUUAGAUUAAGCAUUAGUUCGAGUGAAGUAGGCGUCGUUAGCUUUAAAUAAAUUAAAAAACAGCGAUAAAGGGACAAUAGGAGCGUUUUUUUUUGUCUGCAACGGGAUGGACACGUACGGACAAUUGGCCGUGAAAAUGUCCCUUGCGGACAUGGAGGACAUGGAAGUGACCAACAUGAGCGACAUCGACAAGGCCAACCCUCACGGCUGCGAUAACGGCGCUCUGACGGACAGGUUCGGGGUUCUGAUCCAGGGACUUCUGGCCGUCGUCGCCUUCAGCACGCUGAUGUUGAAAAGAUUCCGGGAGCCCGUGGGGAUCCGGCGACCUUGGAGGAUCUGGUUUUACGACACAUCCAAGCAGGCCAUCGGUGCUCUCUUCAUCCACUUCGCCAACGUCUUUCUGUCCACGCUCACCAAGGAGGACCCGUGCUCGCUCUACCUGAUGAACUUCCUGCUGGACGCCACAGUAGGGAUGCUGGUCAUCUGGCUGGCGGUUAAAGUGGUCUCCAAAGUGGUGGAGCACAAGCAGUGGACGCCGCUCACCUUUGGAGAGUACGGUGACCCCCCCCAGGCGGCGGCGUGGCUGGGUCAGUGUGGCGUCUACCUGCUCAUCAUGGUGCUGGAGAAAGGCGCCAUAAGCCUGGUGUUGCUGGUCCCGGGAUGGUCCAAACUCCAGGCGCUUCUGCUGGGCUACAUCGCCGACCCUCAGCUGGAGUUGGUGCUGGUCAUGCUCAUCGUGCCCUUCAUCGUCAACUCCAUCAUGUUCUGGGUGGUGGACAGCCUGACCAUGAGGAAGAACAAGAGCGUGGACGACUCGUGCGACAGCUCACUGAAGGCCGACCCGCUGCCCUGGGCCGUGGACGACGAGUCCCGGGUUCUCCUCACAGUGGACACGGACACCGACGAGGCCCCGGGAGGUGAAGAUGGCGAGCCUGGCGAGGCUUUGCCUGCGGUGCAGUACUCCGGAGCGACGCUGAGGCCCAGCUGGGUCGUGGUUUGAAGCUCUGAACACACACACACACACACCAAAAAAUCCUACACACACGGUUACCUGGACAAAUGAAAUGUGCGAGCACCUUGGGCAGCGCGGUUCGGUUGGAGAAAUAAGCCGUGCCAGCAACUUGAGGGUUCCAGGUUCGAUCCCCGCCUCCGCCACCCUAGUCACUGCCUCGCAGGGCAAGACCACCUGCUCCCAGUGCCACCCACACUGGUUCAAAUGCACCUUACUAUGUAAAGCGCUUUGAGUCACUAGAGAAAAGCGCUAUAUAAAUAUAAUUCACUUCACCUUUCAAGUGGGACCACCGCCACGUGAAGUCGUUUCAGGACCAAAAAGCACGACAUCAGAUCUUCCAAAUGGAGGGAGAUAAAAAAAAUGGACUACCCACGUUCUUUUGGGGGACUUUUGGGAACACCCCCGCCCCCAAAGAGGAGCCAGAACUGCUUUUAAUCCAGCUUUUGACGCAAGGUGUAAUCAUCACUCCUGCACCUUUUUCGCCCACUUGCAAGGAAGUUAGCCUUUAUUACAAGACUGCGACGCUUCAAUCGGUUCCUGUUGCGGAAAAAAAAAAAACAAGACAUUUUAUGGACAAUUUCAUGGGAAAUAAGCAGAAAGAAAAUACUUCUGUUUACAUCUGUGAGGACUGAAUGUGUUUUUGGAGAUGAAUGUUGAUAUUUGUUCAACACAUACUUGCCAACCCUCCUGAUUUCCAUGGGAAGAGUCCUGAAUUUCAGUGCUCCGCCCCGAAAAUCUCCCGGGGCAACCAUUCUCCCGAUUUCCACCCAGGCAACAAUAUUGGGGGCGUGUCUUAAAGGCCUACUGAAAGCCACUACUAGCGACCACGCAGUCUGAUAGUUUAUAUAUCAAUGAUGAAAUAUUAACAUUGCAACACAUGCCAAUACGGCCUUUUUAGUUUACUAAAUUACACUUUUAAAUUUCCCGCGAGGUAUCCUGUUGAAAAUGUCGCGGAAUGAUGACGUUUGCUUGUGACCAGCACCACUCACGGCUAAAAUCGUCCGAUUUAAUCGCAUAAUUACACAGUAUUCUGGACAUCUGUGUUGCUGAAUCUUUUGCAAUUUGUCCAAUUAAUAAUGGAGACGUCAAAGAAGAAUGCUGUUGGUGGAAAGCAGCUGCGUUUAGCAACACAAACACAGUUGUGAAGCUUUAAUAUGGAACAGAGCGGUCAAGCGAACAUGUUUCCCUACCACAUGUCAACCCUGCUGGUUUUGGUGAGAAAAUUGUGGUAAUAAGUCGGCUCUUACCGGAGACAUGAGUGGAGCUUGCGUCCUCCUGCAGCUGUCAAAGAGGCAGCUGCGACUUUCUUGGCUUCACUCAGAGACACUGGCGGUCACCACACCUGUCCGACUUUCAGGUCUGACUUUUAUAAUCUCACUAAAACACUAGUAACAGUAUAAGCAGAUAAGACAUUUUCCAGAAUUAUCCUAGUAAAUAUGUCUAAUAACAUCUGCAUUGCUCUCACUGCCCUCGCCCUUUUUUUUUUCUUCUAGUCCUUCACUCUCACUAUCCUCAUCCACAAAUCUUUCAUCCUCGCUCAAAUUAAUGGGGAACUUGUCACUUUCUCGGUCCGAAUCACUCUUACUGCUGGUGGCCAUGAUUGUAAACAAUGUGAGGAGCUCCACAACCCGUGACGUCACGCGCACAUCGCCUGCUACUUCCGGUACAGGCAAGGCUUUUUUAUCAGCGACCAAAAAUGUGCGGACUUUAUCGUGGAUGUUCUCUACUAAAUCCUUUCGGCAAAAAUAUGGCACACACACACACACACACACACACACACACACACACACACACACACACACACACACACACACACGGUCAACAGCCAUGCGGGUCACACUGAGGGUGGCCGUACAAGCAUUUUUAACACUGUUACAAAUAUGUGAACCCACACCAAACAAGAAUGACAAACACAUUUCGGGAGAACAUCCUCACCGUAACACAACAUAAACACAACAGAACAAAUACCCAGAACCCCUCGCAGCACUAACUCUUCCGGGACGCUACAAUAUACACCCCUGCUACCACCAAACCCCACCCCCAUCUCCCGAAUUCGGAGGUCUCAAGGUUGGCAAGUAUGUGUAUACAAUACGGACCAAAAGUUUGGACACACCUUCUCAAUCAAUCAAUGUUUACUUAUAUAGCCCUAAAUCACAAGUGUCUCAAAGGGCUGCACAAGCCACAGCGGCGUCCGUGGAUCAGCGCCCACAUAAGUGCAAGGAAAAACUCACAACACAGUGGGACGUCAAUGAGAAACCUUGGAGAGGACCGAGACCUUGGAGAGGACCGCAAAUGUGGGUAACCCCCCCCCCUGGAUGCAAUGGACGUCGAGUGGGUCUAACAUAAUAUUGUGAAAGUCCAGUCCAUUGUGGAUCUAAAAUAAUAGUGAGAGUCCAGUCCAUAGUGGAUCUAACAUAGUAGUGAGAGUUGGAUUCACUAUAGACUGGACUCUCACUAUUAUGUAUGAUCCACUAUGGACUGGACUCUCACUAUUAUGUUAGAUCCACUAUGGACUGGACUCUCACUAUUAUGUUAGAUCCACUAUGGACUGGUCUCUCACUAUUAUAUUAGAUCCACUAUGGACUGGACUCUCACUAUUAUGUUAGAUCCACUAUGGACCGGACUCUAUUAUGUUAGAUCUACUAUGGACUGGACUCUAUUAUGUUAGAUCCACUAUGGACUGUACUGUCACUAUUAUGUUAGAUCCACUAUGGACUGGACUCUCACUAUUAUGUUAGAUCCACUAUGGACUGGACUCUCAAACUAUUAUGUUAGCUCCACUAUGGACUGGACUCUCACUAUUAUGCUAGAUCCACUAUGGACUGGACUCUCACUAUUAUGUUAGAUCCACUAUGGACUGGACUCUCACUAUUAUGUUAGAUCCACUAUGGACUGGACUCUCACACUAUUAUGUUAGAUCCACUAUGGACUGGACUCUCACUAUUAUGUUAGAUCCACUAUGGACUGGACUCUCACUAUUAUGUUGGAUCCACUAUGGACUGGACUCUCACUAUUAUGUUAGAUCCACUAUGGACUGGACUCUCACACUAUUAUGUUAGAUCCACUAUGGACUGGACUCUCACAAUAUUAUGUUAGAUCCACUAUGGACUGCACUCUCACUAUUAUGCUAGAUCCACUAUGGACUGGACUCUCACUAUUAUGUUAGAUCCACUAUGGACUGGACUCUCACAAUAUUAUGUUAGAUCCACUAUGGACUGCACUCUCACUAUUAUGUUAGAUCCACUAUGGACUGGACUCUCACUAUUAUGUUAGAUCCACUAUGGACUGGACUCACACUAUUAUGUUAGAUCCACUAUGGACUGGACUCUCACUAUUAUGUUAGAUCCACUAUGGACUGGACUCUCACACUAUUACACUGCUGGAAACGUGCAAGAGGCCUUUGACUUGUUCUUUUCAUUUUGACCCUUGAUGGAAAAAGUUUGGACACCCCUGGUGUAUGUACACAUACUGUACGUAAGUGAAAGUCACCUUCUAGAAGUUCUCCUGUCAUUAAUUUACUUCUGCUGCUUUCACCACAGACACAUGAGUUAUUUCCCCGCUUCAGGUUAAACUUCAGCUUUUUCUUCAGAACAUUCCGAACGCUGGCCAUUUUACGUUGUAUAUUUGCACGAUCCUUUCAGUAUUUAUUCUCAUCAUUUAUGUGUACUUGAAUUUUUUUUUUUUUUUUUUCCAUACCGCAAUUGUUAAAAGACUUGAAUUCUUGUAUCGUCAUGUAGUUUUGUAUCUUUUGGCGGCGGUCGCCAUGGCGCUUCUUACAGGAUCAUUCUUGGAUAGCUGUCACCGUAAAUAAAGACAAUUGACGCAUGAGUGGCAGGUCAA